ACGACGUCGUUUUCUUUUUCUUUUGCCCUUUUUCUUCCUUUGCGCUGUACCAGUACCAAGAGACGUUAUCUUCCUCGUAUGAAUUGAGGGAAGAAAUCAGGAAACGGAGUAAAAACAAUGAAAUUGACAAAUUGUUUAGAGAGAAGGAAAACCUUAAACAGCAGGGAAUAGCUGAAUAAGAGUGUUGAUUAACUCAUCACAGCUGAGACCCAAAUCGCGCCUUCACUGCAACACUCUUCAUCGCCAUGGAUUACCUGAAAUCCGUGGUUCCCUCUCAACUUGUAGCCGAGCGUGGCUCCAAUCUCGUUGUCAUCAAUCCAGGUUCUGCAAAUAUUCGAAUAGGCCUUGCUCAGCAGGAAACUCCCUUUAAUGUUCCUCAUUGUGUUGCUCGAUAUACAACUGUGGGUAACCAAGUGCCUAAGAGACAUGUGCAGGACCAGAUGCUUAAUUCUCAGAUUACAACUGCACAGCAUAUGGAGCGUGAGAAGGCAUAUGAUAUUAUUGCAUCAUUAUUAAAAAUUCCCUUCUUGGAUGAAGAAGUUGCCAACAACUCCUUCCCACGUAAGAUGGCACGUGUUGAUGGAUACAAUCCACCAAACACUAGAAAAGAUACAGCCUUCUCCUGGGCUAACAUAUUUGAGAAGAAAUCUGAUUCAUCUUUGGCACCAGAAAGUUUGGAGAAUAAAGGUGCAAAUAUGGAGUCUAUUGACCAACAUGAAAGUAAUGAUUGUAAGGAAGCUAGCUCUAGUGAAUGUAAGUACAGACAAUUUAUUUGUGGAGAGGAAGCGCUUAGAAUAUCCCCCAAUGAGCCCUAUUGCUUACGCCGACCAAUUCGCAGAGGUCAUUUUAAUGUUUCUCAACAUUAUCCCAUGCAGCAGGUGUUGGAAGACCUGUUUACAAUUUGGGACUGGGUUUUGAUUGAGAAAUUGCAUAUACCUCACUGUGAAAGAAACAUGUAUUCUGCUAUUCUUGUUGUGCCUGAAACAUUUGAUAAUCGAGAAAUAAAGGAAAUGUUGUCUAUUGUAUUGCGAGACUUGCGUUUUAGCUCUGCAGUGGUUCACCAGGAAGGCCUUGCUGCAGUUUUUGGAAAUGGGUUAUCCACAGCAUGUGUUGUAAAUAUGGGUGCUCAAGUGACAUCAGUCAUCUGCAUUGAGGAUGGGGUGGCUCUACCUUCUACACAAAUGACUUUACCUUUUGGUGGAGAGGAUAUAUCAAGAUGCCUUCUUUGGACUCAAAGGCAUCAUCAAACAUGGCCACCGAUUCGUACUGACGCAUUGACAAAGCCCAUAGAUUUAUUGAUGCUUAACAAACUCAAAGAAUCCUAUUGUCAGAUUAAAGAGGGAGAAUUAGAUGUUGUUGCUGUAGUUCAUUCUUAUGAGAAUGGCACACCAGCUGGAUCUCACAAGACAAGACUAACUGCUCUCAACGUUCCCCCUAUGGGUCUGUUCUACCCUAUGCUCUUGGUUCCAGAUGUUUAUCCUCCGCCACCCCGUUCAUGGUUUCAUGACUAUGAGGAUAUGCCGGAAGAUACAUGGCAUAUAGAAUUUCCCAGAAGAACUGACAUGUCAGAUGGUUUAUUUGCUGGUGUCAAUGGUGGAUUAUCAAUGUGGGACAAUUUCCCAGUUUUUCCAACUAAACCAAAGAGAGAAGAAAAGGUUGGCCUUGCUGAAGCUAUCACAAGUAGCAUUCUUUCAACUGGGCGUAUAGACCUCCAGAGAAAAUUAUUUUGUAGCAUGCAACUGAUUGGUGGAGUUGCUUUGACUAGUGGUCUUAUUUCUGCAGUGGAGGAGAGAGUUUUACAUGCAAUUCCUUCAAAUGAAGCAAUUGAUACCGUUGAGGUUUUGCAAUCAAGAACAAAUCCGACCUUUGUGUCAUGGAAAGGUGGAGCAAUUCUUGGCAUUCUUGAUUUUGGUCGUGAUGCUUGGAUACAUAGGGAGGACUGGAUUCGCAGGGGGAUUCAUGUUGGAAGUGGCAGAAAGUACAAGGACUCCUAUUAUCUUCAAGCACAGGCAAUGUGUUACAUAAAUUCCUAAAAAAGGGUGAUGGAUACCACACCUGUAUUAUAAUGAAAGUUUUGACUCAUUACAAAAUAAGAAGGGAGGACAUGAAAAAGGAGAAAGUAGUAGAACUUGAUCUAGUUGCUUUUGAAUACGACACCACAUAAUUAGAGAGAACUAUUAGUCUUCAUGAUCAGUAUUUGAUUUUGAAAUUUUUAUUUUUAAAUUGAUUGGCAGAUUGGUUCUUUUUCA